AUGAGGGGAUUGCUGAAUCUUGUUGGUGCUAGAGGAAUUAUCGACAUGGGAAUCAGUGCUGCUUCAACAGUGGAGGAAGCUAUUCUUAACCAUCGAAGACGACGUCACAGACAAGAAAUUUACAAUCUGGUUGAGAAUGAGCUUGCUAAGGUGAAGCAGAGUUAUCAAGUUAACAAGGAGGACGUUUUCUUUUGGAGAUCAAAGGGUGAUAACUACAAAAGAUUUUUCAGUACAAAAGCUACGAGAGAUCAUCUCAGAACUUCCUCACCAGAGUUACCAUGGACCAAAGGUGUUUGGUUCAAGUACCACACUCCAAAGUUCGCGUUCAUUACAUGGCUUGCACUCCAUAACCGCCUGAGCACGGGUGACCGUAUGAGUGCAUGGAACCAGAACAUAGCUACUAAGUGCGUCUUCUGCGCGGAACCGAUGGAAACCAGACGACACUUAUUUUUUGAGUGUUCAUUCACGGGGAAUUUAUGGGCUAAGGUUGCUGCAGGCAUCAUGGAGCGCAACUUCUCCAAACAGUGGACUGAUAUAGUGUCUUUCAUCUCUGAUCUGGGCAAUAACAAGAUGAGGACCUUCAUACUUCGUUAUGUGUUCCAACUCACAAUCUACGUAACGUGGCGGGAAAGAAACAGCCGACGCCACGGAGCACCAGCCAGCACGAUGGCACAUCUGGCCAAGCAUAUCGAUAAGGUGAUGCGAAAUCGAUUCAACUCCAUCAGGAAGCUAGGGAAUAGCCGCUAUGAAGAUGGAAUGCAGAUGUGGUUUAUUUCUCAAGCAAACUCAUGA